GUCUGUCGUUGGAUGCCGUGACUGCACGCGGAAGCUCGAGUGUCGGUGGUGUGAUGAACGCGUGGGAAACUUUGGAGGACGGAUUUACAGGUUCAUAAUGCGCUUUGACCUGCUGCGGAAAAUAAGCUGCUGGAGUUAAACAUGCACACAACAAUCCUGGGACUGGCAGAAGCAGAACAGGACACGGACCGAAACCCAGGCGAGACCGGAGACCGCCAGCGAGUCCUCGCGGCGCACAGUGAUGACGGAACUGAAGGGGAGGAGAUAAAGGAGAACAAGAAAAACUGGUGAGCAGCUGUGAAGCAGAGAGAGGGUGUGAAAGAAGGAGAAGAAUCCAGUCCUGUCAGCAUUAUCCCAGAGACCUGUUUGGAGGAAAGAAGGAGACUGACCUGGCGGAAAUCUGUGAAAAAGAUUUUUUUUUGGAAAAAAAAAAGAAAUUGGAAGCUGCUAGGAGCACGUUAAAAAGGAAGGGAAAACGGAUGCAUAGAUCACUAUCGGAGAUCUGAGGAUCAUGACAAACUGAUUCCUAACUAAAGCAGAAUUCCGAUGCACCUGCAGCCAGACACCACCUGAAGACACAUUUUCAAAUCUUCAUUCCUGGAAGAAAUUUCACUAUAUGAGUUCAACACAAUUCAGCACUGCGUGAUUGUUGAUGCAAAUUACAGAAAGAUGAGCUGAGAUAUGUUUGGAUUAUUUUCCUUUGGACUAUCCAUUGUGCAACUUGUGCUGUAGUAUGGAGAAAGGUCAAUCCACAGGCUUGACUCCUUUUUUCUGGGCCAGAUGAGGGGCUGCAGCCCAAGCUUGCUGCAGGGCCGGCGGUUCCACUGUCGGGAAUGGGCCCUGGAGAAGGUGAAGAGAUACCUGGAGGCAAGAAAUCAGGACAAAGGGGUGCAGGACUCAUCCCAUCCCCAUUCAGGUGUCCUGGUGAUAGGUGGGCCUGGUUCAGGUAAGACAGCCUUCUGCACAGAGCUGGUGUGGCCCCAGUCAGAACCAGGGAGGGCAUCUGGACUGGCAUCACGGUGUCUGGCUUGGCACUAUUGUCAAUGGGAAGAUGCAGACAGCCUAGAGGUUUGGAGGUUUGUGCUGGGUCUAGUAGAGCAGCUGCGUACAAGUCCUCUAUUGGCACCAAACUAUGGCAACCUGUUGGCCAACCCUGCUAUUGCUGCCAGCCUGGAGCCUCUUCACUGUCAACGUGACCCAGAUGACACAUUUAAACGGGCAGUUUCGGAGACCCUGCUCUCUUUACCUUCUCCAUCUCAGAGUGUUUACAUAGUGGUCGAUUCUCUGGAUUCUGGCUCUGGUGGGACUGCUGGUGUUGGUGAAGGCCUGACAACAGGGUCUGUGGGUACUCGGAGUACUUCAAUAGCGGAGCUCCUGCACAGGCAUCACCAGUACUUGCCACCCUGGAUUCUCCUGGUCUCUUCUGCCCGCAAACAGAAUAAGGCUGUGUGCAGGAUGUUCUCAGGGUUUCGAAAGCUAUGUCUAGAUGACUUGCGGAAACCUCUGGCUGUACAAGAUGUUCAGCAUUAUAUUCUGCGGAGGCUUGAUCAGGAGGGGACACUGCGGCGGCAGCUUACACCAGAGACAGCUGACAUGCUUAACUUGCUGCAUAUCAAGAGUGGUGGCUGCUUUCUCUACCUUGAGCGAGUGCUGGAUGGUGUAGCAAGUGGUUUAGUAGGGCUCAGAGAAAUCCGGGACAUUCCAGGAACAUUAAAUGGCCUUUACCUCUGGCUCUGUCAGCGGCUUUUCCCCCAUAAACUCUUUGUCCAUGUUAGACCCUUACUCAACAUUAUUCUGGCCUCUCCACGACCCCUAAAUCUUGAGGAACUCUUCACUGCUGCACGAACUAGGGAUGCUUGCCUGGUACAUGAGGACUUUCAGUCACAAAUGCGUGCUUUGACAACACUGAUGGUAGAUGGGCCAGGAGGGAGUAAGCUAUUGUUCCAUGGUAGUUUUGCAGAAUGGUUAACUGAUGUGAAGUACUGCACACAGAAGUUUCUGUGCAGUACUAAAGAUGGUCAUCUUUCACUUGCCAUGUCCCUGUCAUUGAAAUCUCAAAGCCUUUGCAUAGAAGAGGUAUGCCAAAUGGGCCAUCACCUCCUCAGCAGUGGAAUACAUUCAGGUGAGCCAGCACUGCUGGCACUAUGGAUGGUUUGGACUGGAGUUCCCACUCUUGGCAGUGGUGGGAUGGGCGCUUCUGCUACUGUCUCUCAACAGUCCUUUUCCAUGCAAACACCUGUACUGGUUAAGCAAGAUGUGCUACAGCUUCUGAUGAAAAGUGGUGUGUACCCUCCCACCUGUUCCCCAGAAAAUGGUUCCAGUGUUGGUGUACACUGUGUGGGUAAAGGGAGAACAAUAGUGAGAAGGGGUCUGCAAAGAGAGGACUCUAUACGAGCACUUUUGGAUAGUGGGGUUAAUGUCAACAGGACAGACCCAUCAGAUGGACGAACUUUGCUUGCUACUGCAGCCCAUGCAGGGCUUGUAGAUAUAACUGCACUACUGUUGUGUCAUGGAGCAGACCCUUGUCUAAGUGACAACCAGGGACAGACACCAUUAACGCUUGCAGCCAGGCAGGGCCAUGUGGGUGUACUUCAGAUUAUGCUGGACUGGAUUCGGGAUCAAGGGUGUGACACUGUUCGAAGAUUGUUGGAGCAUGCAGACAGUGAAGGAUGGACUGCUCUGAGAUCAGCCUCAUGGGGUGGUCAUAAAGAAGCAGUGAAGAUGCUCCUAGACGCAGGAGCAGAGGUAGAUGGGUGUGAUCCGGACGGUCGUACUGCCUUACGAGCUGCUGCCUGGGGGGGUCAUGAGGAGAUCUUGCUGACUCUUCUUAGCCAUGGUGCUAAAGUUGAUAGCAUGGACCAUGAAGGCCGUACUCCACUCAUCGCUGCUGCCUACAUGGGGCAUAAGGAGGCAGUCGAGAUCUUGCUGGAUGCUAAUGCAGAAGUGGAUCUGGCAGAUGGGGAUGGACGUACUGCACUUUCAGUGGCUGCGCUGUGUGUGCCGUCAGCAGCAGGGGGGAGAGGACAUGAAGAAGUUGUGAGUCUCUUGCUGGAAAGGGGUGCUGAUCCAGAGCAUAAGGACAAAGAUGGGAUGACACCUUUACUCCUUGCCUCCUAUGAAGGACAUGAGGAAGUGGUAGAGCUCCUCCUGGAGGCUGGGGCUGAUGUGGAUGAGAGUGCUGGAACCUACCCCUCUGCUAUCACACCUCUCCUUGCAGCUGCAGCAAUGGGCCAUGCAGGCACAGUGAACCGCAUGCUAUUUUGGGGGGCAGCAGUAGAUGGUAUUGAUGGGGAAGGUCGAACAGCACUCUGCUUAGCUGCCGCUAAAGGCAGCGUAGAAGUUGUGCAAGCCCUGCUGGACCGGGGCCUGGAUGAAAAUCACAAAGAUGAUUUGGGCUGGACGCCACUGCACACAGCUGCCUGUGAGGGCCACAAGAGUAUUUGUUCUGUUCUCACAGAGCAAGGUAGUAUGGCUAGAGUUGGUGAACUAGAUAUGGAGGGCCGGACUCCACUCAUUCUGGCAGCACAGGAAGGCCACUGCAGUACAGUUAGACUCCUGCUUGACCGUAAAUCACCUAUUGAUCAUCGAGGGUAUGAUGGACACUCUGCCCUCAGUGCAGCUGCCCUGCAAGGGCACAGGGAGGUGAUAGAACUGCUCUUAAGACGAGGAGCUGACACCGAUGUUCGAGAUGCAGAAGGAAGACCUCUUCUGUACUUGCUAAUUUUGGAAGGCUGCUCGGAUAUAGCCACCUUGCUCAUAGAGAAAGGGGGUGUUCCACUAGAGUCAAGAGAUGCAGAGGGCCGUACAGCACUACAUGUAGCAGCUUGGCAAGGUGACCUAGAUGGGAUUGAGCUGUUGCUUAGACAUGGUGCAGAUCCUAAUGCACUGGACUCAGAUGGUCGACCACCACUGCACUCUGUGGCAUGGAGGGGGCACGUGGGUGCUGGCAGAUUGCUUUUCAGAGCUAGGGGCAUAAAUGUUGAUCUGGCUUGCAAAAAGCAAGGUGCCACAGCACUCAGUAUUGCUGCUCAGGAGGGACACACUGAAAUUGUGGCCAUGCUUUUGGAAAAUGGUGCUAAAGCAGACCUUGUGGAUCACUAUGGCCGCAGUCCAAUAAAAGUUGCAGGAAAGAGAGGCAAUUUCAGCAUUGUCCGCCUACUAGAGAGCUAUGGUGCAAAGCCAUUCCUUGGACUCCUGCCUUCAUUCUGUGAAACUCCAAGCUCCUCCCAUUCCUCUGUAAUGAAAACUCAGGUUUCCAUCUGUUCUGUAGAAGGAUCUAGAAAUGGUGGCCCAUCCACUCCCUCCACCUCAUCGAACUCUUUGUCAGCCUCUUGUUCACCUGCUUCUACAGCUGAGAGAUUCCAUUCAGUGCCUGGUUCUCAGACAUCUUCCUCCACAUGUCACUCUUUGGCCACAGUGCAGACUGUGCCUGCAGACACCUUAAGCUUUACACAGCAGAUUCAGCAGCAUUCACUACCCCGCUGUCGUAGUCGGCCAUCCACCUUGCCUCUACCUGACUCAAACCCUUCUAGCCUACAGAGAAGCACUUUAAGGAACAAACAGAAAGCAGUUUCCAAAGAUAACCCUACCCAUGCACAAUGCACCAUUCUUGGACUACAGAACUCAAAUGUGCCCCUUAAAGGACUUGGGUCUCUGGAAACUGCUGACUAUAUCUUGAAGCCCCAAACCCCUCACUUAAUUGAAAAUGAACUCGAAAACAGUCCUGUGAAAUUGGGAAGUUGCAAGUGGAACUCGGUAAUGGUGUCUCUUGGGUUGACACCAAACCAAGAAGGGGCCAUUAGACAGCCAAUAAAUAGAGACAGUCCACCUUUGGGCUAUCCCCCCCUUCAUCUUCAGUCCCAUACACAAAAAGAGAGCCGGGAUGGCUUUAAAAAAACAACAAUUUCCCCAGCUUUUGACCUUUCAGCCAUCUCGCCACAUGGUGCCUUACUAGAGGAAUCUGUGUUCAUCACAACUACAGACCCUCAGCUUAACCUCAAACAGGCCAUUAAAUUGCAGUUUGAGGGGCCAACCAGUGCAGUACUUUACAAGAGAGAAACACCACUCUAAGGUAACCUGUGAUAAUUAGGAGCUCGAGGAGGAGAGGGUGCCAUGGAGAAUUUCUGCAUGCAAGUCACUCAGGGUAGUGGAGAGCCAUAUUCAGAGAACUGAACAUGAGAUGAGGCCAGCCACACAAUAUCCUUUGACUUUCUUAAAAAUAUCAUGAGUUGGGGUAAAGAAGCAGCAAAGGAGAGGCUAAGAACUGAUGAACUUCAAAGGGCCAAUGCUGUGUACUUUCUGGAGAUUUUUAGGGCUAGUCACAAUGGACAACUGUUAGCUUCCCUUCACUCGAACACUCACACAAUCACAGGAAAUAUUUUUACAAAGAAACACAACAGGAGAAUAUGGUUGCAUACAGGAAAAUGUUAUGACGUGAUCAAAGAACACCAUGAAAAGAAACACAAGCUUAAUAUAUAUUUUAUUUGCACAGAUACAGCAGGGAGUUAUAUACUGGCUGUCAGGUGGCCCACAGAUCAAGGACCAUUGGUCCAGCAUCACAGGAUUCAUUUUUACAGAUCAUGAUGCAUCUGAUCAAGGAAGAAUGAAUCUACAUAAUUCUACUUAAAACAAAUUGAUGCAGAAGAUAAUAUAUUGGGAAAAUUCUCAGAAUAAAAGCAUGUGUUUUAUUUAUAUUUUCUCCUUCAAUGCUGGACUUAUGGGAUACCCUGUAUAAUAAAGCACCUUUUACUUCA